AUGGUAUAUUUGUUCAAGUACGAUUCCACUCAUGGACGUUUCAAAGACGAAGUUUCUGUUGAUGGAGACGUUCUUAUUGUCAAUGGAAACAAGAUCAAGGUGUUCUCUGAACGCGACCCAAAGGCCAUCCAAUGGGGAUCUGCUGGUGCUGAUUACGUAGUAGAAUCCACUGUUGUGUUUACUACCAUUGAAAAAGCAUCUGCUCACUUGGAAGGUGGAGCUAAGAAAGUUAUCAUCUCUGCACCAUGUGCUGGUGCACCAAUGUUUGUUAUUGGUGUUAACUUGGAUGCAUACAAUCCAUCAUUCAAAGUUGUAUCCAGUGCUUCAUGCACAACUAACUGCUUGGCUCCAUUAGCCAAGGUUAUCCAUGACAACUUUGGAAUAGUUGAAGGUCUUAUAACUACUGUUCACGCUACCACCGCCAAACAAAACACUGUUGAUGGACCAUCUGGAAAAUUGUGGAGAGAUGGCAGAGGUGCUGCCCAAAACAUCAUUCCUGCAUCUACGGGAGCAGAUAAGGCUGUUAGUAAGGUUAUCCCAGAACUUAAUGGAAAAUUAAAUGGAAUGGCUUUCAGAGUACCAGUUGCUAAUGUUUGUGCUGUUGACUUGACUGUAAGACUUGCAAAACCAGCAUCAUACCAAGAUAUCAAAGAUAAAGUCAAGGAAGCCGCAGAAGGACCAUUGAAAGGAAUUUUGGGUUACACUUACAACUUAUCUUAUGGUACGACAAUGAAUAUGGUUACUCCAACCGUGUUGUGGACUUGA